UAUACUGAGGAGCGCGGGGGCGGGGCUGCCAGCUGCAGUUGCUAUUAAGAGUUUUGGCAAAUCAGCUCCCGGCACCACUUCUCCUGGCCAAUAGGAAGUAGCCUAGGGACGCAGAGGCGGAAAGUGCGGCCACACGAACAGGCGUGGCAGCCAAUCAGCCGCCGGCCUCGGUUCCGCGCUCCAACCCGCGCGGAGAGCGGGCCUGGCGGAGGCCGGGGCAGCUGUCAGGCUAAAGUACAGCUAGCGAACGCGGCGGGACGGGCCCUGGAGAUGAGCCGUGGCGCCACGGGCUGGUGCUGUCUCGUGUUCUGGCUGCCCGCGUGCGUCGCGGCCCACGGCUUACGCAUCCAUGACUACUUAUACUUCCAAGUGCUGAGUCCUGGGGACAUUCGCUACAUCUUCACAGCCACGCCUGCCAAGGACUUUGGUGGUAUAUUUCACACACGGUAUGAGCAGAUUCACCUCGUUCCUGCUGAACCUCCAGAGGCCUGUGGGGAACUCAGCAACGGCUUCUUCAUCCAGGACCAGAUCGCUCUGGUGGAAAGGGGGGGCUGCUCCUUCCUCUCCAAGACCAAGGUGGUACAGGAGCAUGGUGGGCGGGCUGUGAUCAUCUCAGACAAUGCAGUUGACAAUGACAGUUUCUACGUGGAGAUGAUCCAGGACAGUACUCAACGCACAGCUGACAUUCCUGCCCUCUUCCUGCUCGGCCGAGAUGGCUACAUGAUCCGUCGCUCUCUGGAACAGCAUGGGCUGCCCUGGGCCAUCAUCUCCAUCCCAGUCAAUGUCACCAGCAUCCCCACCUUUGAGCUACUGCAACCUCCCUGGACUUUCUGGUAGGAAAACUGACCCAGGUUCCAGCUACAGGUGAUUCACUGGGAAGAAGAGACCUAAGAUUCUGCCAUUUGGAGUUUGGAGACUCUGAGGACAAGUGGAGCCAGGGAGGGGACAGGGAUGCCACACCACUGGCUUUCCCUUCCCUAGGGCAUGUAAGGACAUCUCAUGCUCCAGUAAGAGGCAAGAACCAGACCCACGGCUUCUGGCUACAAUUGGAACAAAAGGUGCUGAAGGCAGGGGGACUGGUCACCUGCAGUUUGUCACACUAUCAGUUUCAGCCUCCCACAGCCAGGACCUCCUCACAAUGACCCUUGCUGGAGUGGUUUAGAGAACUGGUAUUCUGAGCCUAAGGAUCCCCUACUUUUUAGCAAUAAAGCUAAAUAAAGCUCA